UCUCGCUCGGGGCACGUGACGCUGCUCCUGGCUUCCCGUCUGCUGGUUGCUACGGGAGCCGUGGGAAGCGGAAGUGGGUGAAGCACGUGGGAACAACAUGGCGGAGAAGAGAGCCAGGCUGGAGCUGGGAUCUGACCAGAAAAUAGACUGGAGAAAGGAGGGAGAGAAACGAAAAGAAGAACGGAAAAAAUUUAGAGAGGAGAAAUUGCUGAGAAAAUUAGAAAAAGCUCAACUGCAGAAGCUAGAAACAGAGAAACAGGCACAAGAAAAAGAGACGAGAAAGGCACAAAAUGGUCGGCAGUACACACUCAGUGUGGCCCUUCCAGGAUCCAUUAUGGACAAUGCUCAGUCUCCAGAGCUGCGGACAUACCUGGCUGGACAGAUAGCACGAGCCUGUGCCAUCUUCUGUGUGGAUGAGAUUGUGAUAUUUGAUGAGACUGGAGAAGGGUCAAAGAGCGUGGAAGGGAACUUUGAGGGUGUGGGGAAAAAAGGACAGGCCUGUGUGCAGCUAGCAAGAAUACUUCAGUAUCUAGAGUGUCCUCAGUAUCUAAGAAAAUCCUUCUUUCCCAAACAUCCAGACUUGCAAUUUGCAGGUCUCCUGAACCCCCUGGACAGCCCUCAUCAUAUGAGAAUAGAUGAAGAGUCAGAGUACAGAGAGGGAGUUGUUUUAGACCGACCAACUAAGCCAGGCAAAGGCUCAUUUGUUAACUGUGGCAUGAGAAAGGAGGUGCGGAUAGACAAGCAACUGCAAGAAGGACUCAGGGUUACAGUGCAGUUAUUUGAAGAUAAACCAGAUCAGAAAGUAAGGAAAGGCAUUGUCGUGUCCCCACAACAUCCUAGGACAGAAAGUGGCAUCUACUGGGGGUACAAAGUGAGACUGGCAUCCUGUCUCAGUUCUGUCUUCACAGAAUGCCCCUUUAAGGAUGGGUACGAUCUAACCGUUGGAACUUCAGAAAGAGGAACCAAUGUGGAAGCCUUAACACUACCAGCAUUCAGACAUGCGUUGGUCGUCUUCGGAGGAGUCCAAGGGCUUGAAGCCAGUGUAGACAGUGACCAGAACUUGGACAUUGAUGAACCUAGUGCUCUGUUUAACUAUUAUCUGAACACAUGCCCUGUGCAAGGCAGCCGCACCAUCAGAACAGAGGAAGCCAUCUUGAUUUCACUGGCAGCACUGAAGCCCCGAAUAGAAGUGGCAUCCUGUCAAGCCAAAGAUAGCUGAAUUUUGCAAUCUAGGAACUUUUAAGUCGUCUAGUACAUGCAGAAUAAACAACUUGGCUGUAGGCAACAAAUUGUUUUAUUUUCCAGAUGUUAUGUGGUGCAGUGUGACAACCCAAGUUCAGUCUGCAAGAAUGUAAGGACUUUGCUGGGAGCUCACAUUCACUGAAGGAAAUGGACAGUGCAGAGACUUUACAUUCACUGACACAGUUAAAGAUCAUGGACUGUGCAACCAGAAGGACAUUUCUGUUUCUGACUGAAACACAUUUUGUAAUAAACGAAGCACGCCACACAGUUUUUGUACUUAUGACAAAGUCCUACUACCAGUGUUUUAUUAGUCUUAUGUCUAUUUUUAUAACUGAUAUAUCAUAAAUUAUAUAUCCGUGUA